CGAAACGGCAACAAGAUCCUAACAAUCCUGUAACAGUUCAUCCCGAUCAUCCGCCCCAGACGUUGUGCAGUGACGGAGUUGGAACGCACGCUGUGAUUCUGUUUUCAGUGUUGUAACGUUGUGCGAUUCGUUUGUGAACGGUGAACGUAUUUGUGUUUUGGUGCACUAUGAAGUUGUACAUUACGUUAUGAAUGGUCUGGAACGUUGCUUCUUCGAUCAACGUGAGUCGCAACACAAUGGAGAUGGCUGCGGUUAUAGUUAUAUAAGCCUGGGCCGACUGCAGCCGUACGGCUCUGGCAGCGGCUCCAGCAGCGGCAGCGGGCGGCGCCGAGGCCGCGCGCGCGGCUUGCCCCCCUCGCCCCCCUCGCCCGCCGCGCCCGCUACGCCCACGUCGGCCUCCGACAACGCCUCUGACGCCACGCUCACUGACUCCGAGCUGCCGCUCGCCAGGGAUUCCACUCUGCUCGUACAUAACGGCAUGCUGAGAUCUACAUACGACCGGCCAGACCACGAACGUUGUCUGCUAGAAGGGUCGCGGCCACCGCCCGAUGUGCCGCCGCGCAACCCCACCAUGCCGCGUCUGAACGGCCGCAUCACCGGUAACCCCGCCGACCUGACCGACUUCGAGCCCUCCUGCCUCGUGCGGACCCCCUCCGGGAACUUCUACGUGCCCUCGGGAGAUAUUCAAAAGAAUCCGUCUAUGGACUACAAAUCGAACUCAUCGUGUAGUAGUCCAGGCAAGCAAGAGAAGAGUACGUUAGAAAGAAUGGAAAGGAGCGAUCGUCAUCCUGCGUUCGGCGUUCCCGUGCCCGUGCUUCCCGUUAGGAACAAUUUGCGGGCCUCGCACUUCACACCCGCUGCUUCUCGAUUUCAUUUCAGGAAGGGCCUCUCUUCUAGAUGCUCUUGGAAAUGUACUGCUAUAGUAUUCAUAGUGUUGUUCGUUCUACUCUUAGCCAUUGCUUCUUACAUGUCAGCUUCCUAUUUCGUCAACUGGUCGUACCAGAAUUCUAAAGCUUGUACAGUACUAGUUGGCGAAUCAACAGAGAUCUUUCCGGCGUCUAAAGCGACGACGCUAGAGUCUAAUAAUAAAUCUCUGUCUAAACCUCAACAGAGCUCUUCGUCAGCCAGCUCAGGUAAAGAAAAUUCACUCGUGCGCCCUCGUAGAAGUGUAGAUGGGCAUGCUUCUUUGUCUUCUGUUUCUGCUACGGAUUCUUCCACUACUGUAAAUGUGCAUGAGCUAAUCACUACGCCUUCUUUAAGUUCUGUUAGCUUAGAGCAUGGUGUGCCAGUGCUCGCAAGCGAUACGACUGGCAUCACAAGUGAAGAUCACAAGGAAGAUGCUAAAGCUUCGGGGUCUAUCAAUGUUGGUUUGUCUUUUAACAAUGGUGAUCUAACAAAUAAUAACACUAAGCUUGAUUCUUCGUAUAACAAUAAUACAACUUUAGAACUGAUCAAAUCGAAAGACAAUUCAAGUCCAGAUACCAAUUCUAAAAAAUUAAUAGACAAAAAUAACAUAAUAGUCGAACAACCACCAGAAACCAAAAUAUUUGAUAAACGUAAUAAUAUAAAAACUGAUAUCGCAUAUGACCCAGAAUCAAUGCAAAGUGAUUCAUUUCCAUCUUUAUAUUCAUACGGUGUACAAAAACUUCAAUACUUAAAACUAUUAACUCAACUAAACGCAGUAGGAGAAGAGUUACACAUAUUUUCAAAUGACACUGCCGAUGUGGAUAAUAAACUCGAAAAGUUCCAUUACGAUAGUGAAACUAAUCCUACAGUAAAUAUACCAACGACAGUUGUGUCAAAGAUAUUAACAGAAGAAAUAACUACGGAUGCACCCUUAACAAUAAAACCUAUAAUUGUUGAAACUGUAUCCCCCUUCAAUGCCAAUGUAACCACAGCACAAACUGAGCAUGUUGUGACAACACCGGGUAUGCCUAAUACUAAUACUGUUUCAAACACAACUAUGACUGAACCAACAACCGUGCCUAAUGAACCAUCCACUGUUAAUAUUGCUGUUGAAUCAAAAACUCCAGAUGUGAUGUCUAAUAAAAAACAUGUUUUGAUUAACCUGACUAUUUCCGCUGAUGAUGCUGAAAGUUCAUCUUAUAAACCUCUAUACUCAUUAGCAGUCACCGUUCCUACAAUGGGGGAUUCAAACGAAAUACCUACUGUUAAAAUUACUCCAUUAGACCUGGAACCAACGAUGCCGACAAAUUUCAACAAACCUGUUGCUGUUCAAAGUACAACCAAAACUAACAAAGAUUCGAGUAUAAACACCGACUGGGGAGGAAGUUGUGAGUGCUCUUGUCCGGUAUGCGAAAGCAACUCUGCAGAUGAUUUCUAUGAAGAUUCUGAUUCAGAAAAAAGUACUACCAUGCUUUUAGAAAAUACUGAUGUUAGUACUAUUCCAAGCCCGGUCUCUGGAGAUGAAUUCUCAACAACAACUGAAGAUUCUACUGAAACCCAAAGUUCUAUUACUUCAGAAUUAGAUACAGUCAAAGAGUCAACUAUGACCGAAAUGAGCUCAACAACAGAUUUCAACGAAAUAACUACAACUUUAAAUGAAACAACGGAACUAAACGAUGUAACAGAUGAUUUAACAACUGAGCCGACACUAGUAUCUACAACAGAAGCUCCGAAAUGUGUAUGUCCGAAAAUUAAACCUCCACCCAUCCUUAUAUUGGAAGGUGCUCGAACAUUUCCAGCCCAAUCAUUUCCCCCCGACGGGACGACAUUCAAACAAAUUACUUUAGGUGAAAAAUUAUCAAAACAAAUCCCUCCAUAUAGUUAUUGGAACAUGCAGUUCUAUCAAUCGGAAGCUUCUUAUGUUAAAUUCGAUUACCUGAUUCCCCGCGGAGCUUCCAUAGGAGUGUAUGCAAGGAGGAACGCUUUACCCACUCACACUCAAUAUCAUUUCUUGGAAGUCCUAAGUGGAUUUAAAGCUAGAACUACCCGUUCAUCGCAUCCAUCAGUAAAGAAAGAAGUAACACAUUACAUGGAGCAAGGCCACUGGUUCCUAUCGCUAUACAACGACGACGGCGAUCCACAAGAAAUUUCCUUUAUUGCCGCCGUUGCCGAAGACAUGACCCAUAACUGCCCUAAUGGAUGUUCCGGGAAAGGGGAAUGUCUUAUGGGUCAUUGUCAAUGUCAACCUGGCUUUGGAGGAGAUGAUUGUAACGAAAGUGUAUGUCCAGUACUAUGCAGCCAACGAGGUGAAUACAUUAACGGAGAAUGUCAGUGCAAUCCCGGCUGGAAGGGCAAAGAGUGUUCCCUGCGACAUGAUGAAUGCGAAGUACCCGACUGCAAUGGGCACGGUCACUGCGUGAAUGGCAAAUGUUCGUGUGUCCGCGGAUACAAAGGCAAAUUUUGUGAAGACGUCGAUUGUCCACACCCCACCUGUUCCGGUCACGGCUUUUGCAUUGAUGGUGCUUGUGUGUGCAAGAAAGGAUGGAAGGGUAUGGAUUGUGCGACAAUGGACAAGGAUGCUCUGCAGUGUCUACCGGAUUGUUCUGGCCACGGAACAUUUGAUGUGGACACUCAGACUUGCACUUGUCAUGCACGCUGGUCUGGAGAUGAUUGCUCUAAAGAGGUGUGCGACCUAGACUGUGGGCCUCAUGGACGAUGCGUUGGAGAAUCGUGCAUCUGCGAUCAAGGAUGGACCGGCGAGUAUUGUACCUCGAAACUGUGUGACUCUCGAUGCAGCGAUCAUGGUCAAUGCAAGAACGGAACUUGUCUUUGUGUAUCUGGUUGGAACGGUCGGCACUGUACUCUGGAGGGCUGCCCCCGCGGCUGCGCGGGCCACGGUCAGUGCAGGGUCGCCAACGACGGCCACUGGGAGUGCAAAUGCUUCGACGGCUGGGACGGCCCAGACUGCACCACGCUUAAAGAACAAGUGUGUGAUGACUCGAAGGAUAAUGACAAAGAUGGCCUAAUAGAUUGCGAAGACCCGGAAUGCUGUCAAAGUACUGCCUGCAAAGGCAGCCAACUCUGCGUAUCUUCGCCCAAGCCUACGGAUAUUUUACUAAGAAAGCAACCGCCAGCCAUUACAGCCUCCUUCUUUGAAAGAAUGAAGUUCCUCAUCGAUGAAGGUAGUCUCCAAAACUACGCUAAGCAGGAAACCUUCAAUGAAAGUAUAUUUUGGAACCACUUCAACACGAGUCGUUCGGCUGUGAUCAGAGGUAGAGUAGUGACGUCACUGGGCUCUGGCCUUGUCGGCGUCAGAGUGUCAACCUCUACGCCUUUGGAAGGGUUCACAUUAACCAGAGAAGACGGAUGGUUUGAUCUACUGGUGAACGGAGGCGGCGCAGUGACUUUACAUUUCGGACGAGCGCCUUUCAAAAGAUCUACUCAAGUUGUGUUCGUGCCCUGGAACGAGGUGGUGAUAAUAGACGAGGUGAUGAUGACGACAUCGGAUGAAAAGGGCGGCGGGGGACCCCCACAAGCAUGCCUGGCGCACGACUACGACGCUAUGAAGCCCGUCGUGCUGGCCACCUGGAAGCACGGUUUCCAAGGCGCCUGUCCCGAUAAGAGCGCUAUACUCGCUGAAUCACAGGUCGUACAAGAAAGUCUCCAGAUACCGGGCACUGGCUUGAACCUCGUGUACCACAGCUCAAGGGCAGCUGGUUACCUGUCUACCAUACAAUUACAACUUACGCCAGAGAAAGUCCCACCCACAUUGGCGCUAAUACAUUUAAGAAUCACAAUUGAAGGGAUACUGUUCGAGAAGACAUUUGAAGCUGAUCCCGUGAUCAAGUUCACGUACCCUUGGAACAGACUGAACGUGUACAGGCAGAGAGUGUACGGGGUCACCACAGCGCUGGUCAAAGUGGGAUACCAGUACAGCGACUGCAAAGAUAUCAUCUGGAACGUGCAGACGACUAAGCUGAGCGGACACGACAUGAGCAUCUCGGAUGUCGGCGGGUGGAACUUGGAUAUACACCACAGAUACAACUUCCAUGAAGGUAUACUGCAAAAGGGCGACGGUGCGAACAUCUACUUAAAGCAGCGACCGCGCGUGAUAAUCACGACGCUGGGUGACGGGCGGCAGCGCGCGCUGGAGUGCGCGGCGUGCGGCGGACCCGCCUCCCGGCAGCGGCUGCUGGCGCCAGUCGCACUCGCCGCCGCGCCCGACGGGGCCCUGUAUGUGGGAGACUUCAACCUCGUGCGCAAGAUCGACACCGACGGCACCGUCAGGACUAUCGUCAAAUUAAAUGCUACCCGAGUCUCGUACCGCUAUCACAUGGCACUGUCGCCUUUGGACGGCACUCUGUACAUCUCCGACCCCGAGUCCCACCAGAUCAUCAAAGUGCGCGACACCAGCGACUACAGUGACCCGCAGCACAACUGGGAGACCGUGGUGGGGUCCGGAGAGCGCUGCCUGCCCGGAGACGAGGCUCACUGCGGCGACGGCGCCCUGGCCAGGGACGCCAAGCUCGCCUACCCCAAGGGAGUCGCCGUCUCCAUAGACAACGUCUUGUACUUCGCCGACGGAACCAAUAUCCGUAUGGUGGACAGAGAUGGCAUCAUUACAACCGUCAUCGGAAAUCACAUGCAUAGAGCACACUGGAAGCCGAUACCCUGCGAAGGAACCUUAAGCGUCGAAGAAGUUCACCUGCGCUGGCCCACGGAACUCGCCAUCAACCCACUCGACAACAGCCUACACAUUAUCGACGACCACAUGAUCCUUCAAAUGGCGCCCGACGGUCGAGUCAAAGUUAUAGCCGGAAGACCUCUCCACUGCCCCUCGCCCCUCACUGGAUACGAUAUGGAGCUAGCCACGUAUGCUACCCUUGUUAUGCCGCAAAGUAUAGCUUUUGGUGCAGCCGGUGAUUUAUACGUAGCGGAGAGCGACUCCCAGAGAAUUAAUCGCGUUCGCCUUAUCACCACCGAUGGCAAGAUAGCCCUGUAUGCUGGGGCCGAGUCGAAAUGCAACUGCCUGGAGCGAGGCUGCGACUGCUUCGAAGCGGACCACUUCCUCGCUUCCAAUUCCAAAUUUAACACGAUCUCGGCAGUUAUCGUUAGCCCGGAUGGCAUAGUUCACAUCGCAGAUCAAGCAAACUACAGAAUUCGUUCAGUGAUGGCGAGCAUACCGGACGCGAGUGGUGCAAGAGAGUACGAAAUUUACUCCCCUGAUACCCAAGAAAUGUAUAUUUUCAAUCGAUUCGGUCAACACGUUAUGACGAAGAAUAUUUUGACCGGAGAAAAUAACUACGUAUUCACAUACACGGUCAACACGAGCAACGGGAAACUCAGCACCGUCACUGACGCUGCCGGUAAUAAAGUAUUCCUUUUACGGGAUUAUUCCAGUCUCGUUAACUCGAUAGAAAAUACGAAGGGACAGAAAUGUCGGCUCAAAAUGUCCAGAAUGAAGAUGUUGCAGGAGUUGCGCACCCCCGACAACUUUAACGUUACCUUCGACUACCACGGCACGAGUGGGCUGCUGAAGGCCAAGUAUGACAGCACGGGGAGAAGCUACAUUUACAAGUAUGACGAAUUCGGAAGACUUACUUCAGCAGUCACUCCGACGGGCAGAAUUAUCAACUUGACGUUCGAUCUCAGUAUUAAAGGUGCCACUGUUCAUGUCAGCGAAAACAAUAGGAAACCGAUGUCGAUUCUCAUCAAGGGUUCGUCCGUAAAUACUAAACUAGGGGAGGCAGAAAAGAGAACUAUAAUAUCAACAGAUGGAAGUAUUUCUUCUAGCCUACCAUGGGGACACAUAAUUUCUACAGAUACUGUGCCGUAUACGAUUCUGUCAGAAAUCGAUCCAAUUCUGGGCGAGAGCUAUCCUGUCCCAGCUAAACAAAGGACUGAAGUCGGCGGAGAUUUAGCAAAUCGGUUUGAAUGGCGCUACUUUUUAAGAAGACUGCAGUCCAACAAAGGAAAGGGAAACAAAGCCGUUGCGCAGAUAGGUCGAAAGUUACGCGUCAAUGGCGAAAACCUCCUUACGCUUGAAUACGAUAGAGAUAGUUCGACAGUCGCCGUAUUUAUGGAUGACAAAGUAGAACUUCUAAAUGUCACGUACGACAGAACAGCGCGACCGGUCAAAUGGGGACCUAGGAGUGGAAUCUUUGCGGAGGUGGAACUCGAAUACGACAGAUUUAACAGACUUACUAGCUGGCGGUGGGGAGACCUCAAUGAGACAUACGGAUACGACCGAGCCGGCAGAUUGCACGAGAUACGUUACGGGGAUAGUUCUUCGCUUGCAUACUCGUUCCGAGACAUGUUCACGAGCUUACCACUAAAAGUGACAACCCCGCGGGGCAGUGAUUACCUCCUGGACUACGAUGACUCUGGGGCUCUGCAGAAUUUAACAACACCGAGAGGUCACAUUCACACGUUUGCAUUGAUGACAUCUCUGGGGUACUUUAAAUAUCAGUACUUCUCACCGAUGAAUCGUCAUCCAUAUGAAAUCCUGUACAAUGAUGAUGGCCACAUCUUAGCCAAGAUCUUCCCGCACCAGUCCGGCAAGAUCCUUUACGUAUACGACAAUACCGGCAAACUUGAAACUAUACUGGCCGGGGCAUCCGCUAUCCGGUACGUAUAUCAUGAAAAUACUCACCUGGUAAAGAAUGUCGAGAUCACCGAUCCCGACUACGAACUCAAACAGGACUACAAAUAUCACGCGGGCAUACUUAAGGACGAGAAAAUGAAAUUCAACUCGAAGAGCGGCUUGAACAACGCACAUUUCAAGUACCAAUACGACGGCAACGCGAGACUUUCUAUGAUCGAAGCCAAUAUCAAUAGCAAGGAAAUGCCACAGCUAAAACUGAAGUACAGCCAGAACCUCGGCAUGCUGGAGGCCGUCAGCGACCUCAGGAUAUACAGAAACACAUUCAACCGUUCCGUUAUGCAGGACACCAGCAAACAGUACUUCACCAUCACGGACUACGACGACCACGGCAGAAUCAAAACGGUCCUAAUGAAUAUCAAGUCUUUCGACGUCUUCCGUUUAGAAUUGGAAUACGACGUAAGAAACCGGAUCAAAACGAAAAAGUUGAUGAUUGGCGACACGUCGUCGAACGAACGAAUCAGCUACAACUACGACGGUCACCUGAUGGAGGUGGUCGGCUCCGAGGACGACUGGAAAUACGUUUACGAUGAGAACGGCAACGUUAUCGGCGUCAUCGAACGCGGCGACAAACGUUAUCUCGGCUACGACAUCGGCGACAGAGUAGUGCAGUACGGCGACCUCGAGUUCAGCAGCUACGACGGACGCGGCUUUGUCAUCAGGCGCGGUGAGCAGAAGUACAGGUACAACUCGCGAGGCCAGUUCGUCCACGCCUUCGAGAGGGACAAGUUCCAGAUGUGGUACUACUACGACGAUAGGAACAGGUUGGUGGCCUGGAAAGACGACAAGAAUAAUAUCACUCAGUUCUUCUACACGAAUCCGCAGACGCCCAAUUUGAUCACGCACAUGCACUUUCCCAAAGCCGAGAAGACCGUGAGAUUCCUAUACGAUCAGAGAGAUUUCCUGACUUGCAUUGAGACGGAGGACCAAAGGUUCUACGUUGCCACCGAUCACAACGGAUCGCCCCUUGUCAUAUUUGACGUAAACGGAGACAUCGUAAAAGAACUGAAGCGUAGUCCUUUUGGUAAAAUCGUAAAAGACACCAAUCCUGGCUUUUACGUACCCGUGGACUUCCAUGGCGGUAUCCUCGAUUACAACACUAAUUUAGUGUACUUGGAAAAUCGAUUGUACGACCCCGUGGUAGGUCAGUGGAUGACGCCGAGCUGGGAACACCUCGCGACCAAGCUGAGCUUACCAACAGAUAUAUUUAUUUAUCGAUUCAAGAAUAACGAUCCGAUUAACAAGAACCAGAACGUGCCGUAUAUGACGAACUUGGGCAGCUGGCUGCAACUGUUCGGGUACGACAUGAGGAAGAUGAUGGGAGCCAAGUACAUCACUGACAUGGUGUUCCAGCCGAUGACGUCAGUGACGGCGCCGCAGCUGGCGCCCGAUUUCGGCGUCAUGUCUGGACUUCAGUGUAUUAUUGAAAAGGUGAAUGAUAAACUGUCAGACAUAGACUUCGUGCCAACUCCUCUUCUCAAAAUGGAGCCUAUAACGAGAAAUCUUCUCCCGCGGGUGUCAUACAAGCGGGGCGUUUUUGGAGAGGGCGUGCUGAUCUCGCGCGUGGAUGGAAAAGCGUUCAUCAGUGUGGCGGACGGCGCGAACAGCGUCGUCGAGGACGUCAUCACCACAGUCUUCAACAACUCUUACUUCCUCGAUGUUCACUUCAGCAUCCACGACCAGGACGUCUUUUACUUCGUCAAAGAUAACUCACUCAAGAUACGCGACGAUAUGGAGGAGCUUAGAAGACUCUCCGGAAAGUUCAAUGUAUCGCAAGACGAAACUAACGACCAAGGAUCAGAGGUUCGAGUUCACGCGGUGGGCAAAGGGUCCGCGCAGGCGGUUAUAGUGCUACGUUACGGCGUCGACCCCGCUCAGGAGAGGAUCAAGUUAUUGAAGCACGCACACAAGCGCGCCGCCGCCCGCGCCUGGGAGCGGGAGAAGGCGCUGGUGGCCGCAGGCUGGGAGGGCAGGGGCUCCUGGACCGAGGAGGAGAAAGAGGAACUCAUUUCGCACGGCAUCGUCGACGGGUGGGCAGCCAAAGACGUCCACUCCGUGUCCAAGUUCCCGCAGCUAGCCGACGACCCCGCCAACAUCGUAUUCGUCCGCGACAGUAGACGGAAGAGAAGAAAGAGUGGCCGCGCGCGUCAUCGCUCGUGACUUCUCUUCGCGUGCCAUAACACAUGUUGAGUUCCACUUCGCGCUCCACAAAUCUUCUCAGCGGACGCUCGGAAACUUCUAGGCCUUUAGUUUUACCAAUCUACAGGACUGAAGUAUUUUCGUCUCUGUCUUUAAGUGAGUUUUUCUCUAUAAAGUGAGUUCUUGUGAUUAUCGUGUAGAUGUAUUUUUGGACCGUUUUUCAUACGCGAAUGAAAUCGUAAGAUUCGGAUUAGUCCUGGAAGUGGGAAACUUAUUCUUUGUGAGUUAAUCGUUAAGUAGAAAGUAGGAACUGAACCUGAAGUUUAUUCGCUUUACGUACUUAGGCUAUGAAUUUUAUUUAUAAUGUUUUUUCUUCUUGUCUUGGAAAUCAUUUCGAAGAAUCUCACUAAAUAACUCACAGGGUAAUGAGUCAUACACGAAACUCAAAUAAUUGUAACUGAGCAUAAUAUUGAAACCAAAAUACUCAAAUGCGAUCACAAUUUACUAAUAAUUUUUUAUUAAUAUUAUUUUAUCAAUUUUUACAUAAUUUUAAUCCUAUACCCACUAACGCUUACAAUUAUUUUGCAAAUCAUGUAUUCU